ACCUGAAUAAUCAGACAGAGGUGGAGUGAAGCGUGCAGCAGAACCUGAGGCAGCUACCAAUGAGGAGAAGCGCUUCCACACAGACACCACAGCCACUACACCUGAUGAAACCACAGAAGUUGUCCGAAGGAAACGGAGAAAUAUAUGCUCUCCUCCUCUCUUACUGUGGCAAAAGGCUACUUAGGGCAUGCAGAGAAACCCAGGUUACCGUACGAUAGAAGAUGACCUUUUGACUGCCAUGUUACACGCUGACCUAAUGACUGAGGAAGGCUGUACCUGUCCUCAGAUGUUCCACUUCCAACGUGCAGCUCGUACAGACAAGGGGGUUUCAGCAGCCCGCCAGGUGGUGUCUGUUAAACUCCCUGAAGAUGUGCCAAUACCAGAUAUGGUAGUGAAAAUCAAUCAACAUCUCUGCAGUCAGAUCCGUGUCAUGGCCAUUCGACGAGCAACUAAAGGUUUCAACUGCAAAUCUUGGUGUGAUUCUCGGACCUACUCUUACAUGUGUCCAACCUUUGCCUUUGCUCCGGAGGUGGAGAAGGCAACAGAAGACUACCGCAUCACUCCUGAAGUAUUGGAUGGAUUAAGAAAUAUUCUCAAACUUUAUGAAGGCACUCAUAACUUCCAUAAUUUUACAGCACGAAAGAAAGCCCAGGAUGCUAGUGCCAAUCGCUACAUCAUGGACAUUGACUGUGGGCAACCAUUUGAGCGAAAUGGUCUGGAAUGGCUAUUGGUAAAGAUCAAAGGCCAGAGUUUCAUGCUUCACCAAAUUCGCAAGAUGGUGGGCCUGGCGAUGGCCAUUAGCCGGGGUCUGGUCGGGCCUGAAGUCAUUGCAAGAGCAUGGAGGGAGUCCCGCUUGGAUGUGCCCAUAGCACCAGGUCUUGGCCUUGUACUGGAAGAGCCACAUUACAACAAGUACAAUAAAAGAUAUGGGUCAGAUGGGAUUCAUGAGCCCCUUACCUGGGAGGAUGAAAAACAGAAGAUUGAAGAGUUUCGAGAGGAGAACAUAGACUCCUGCAUCAUUGAAACUGAAAUUCGAGACAAGUCCAUGCUGCAGUGGCUGUCAACCCUUCCCCUGCACCACUUCAGCACCUCUGAGGUCACUUUGCCGGUCCUGCUGCCAUAUCGGUCAUCACUUUCAGCUGGGCGAGAGGCCAGUCAUACAUCUCAUCCCACAGAUGCGGACACAACUAUGAUGACUAGUGUGAUGGUAGGCUACCACAACACUGAGGAGCUAAUUUCAGAAGUUGGAAAGAGACCUGCACUGUGGGAUCCUUUGAACAAAAAAUACAAGAACAAGGACAAGAAAGCAGAGGCAUAUUUAGAGGUUUGCCACCCAAUCUAUCUGGAUUAUGAAGAGAAAACCACACAAGAAAAGAAACAAAUUGGAAAGGAACUGCAAACUCAUUGGAGGAGUAUUCGUGAUGCUUAUAUAAGGAAUUCCAGGAAACUGAAAGAUGAAAGUUAAUCAGGAUCUGGAGCUGUGAAAACACGGUUAAAUAUUUGCUGAGCAACUGCCCUUUCUCAGGAAAGUUGGUGAAAAUAGAGGAACCACUGACACUUUGGUUCCUAACCAUGGAACAGAGGAUGGAACUGAAGAUACAUAUCAAAACCUGUCAUAUACAUAUCAAAACCUGUCAAUAACACAGCCAAAGACAAGUGCUGAACCCAAGGAAAGGAAGAGGAAUUUACUUGAGGAGAAACUUAUAAAGUUUAUGGAUGGUUAUGAGGAAAACGAUGACAGCAAGGAUUUCUUCAUGCCCAUGUUACUGUCAGUAUGAACACUGAAAAGUGAAGAAAAAUUUAAUUUAGAAUGCAAGUACCAGCUGCACUGCAGAACAUCAGGUCUGGACACUGUGGGCACACAAGGAUUCAAGACUCAUCCCUCUCCACUUGUGCUCCCACCUGUACAGAGUUAACACCCUCAUUAUCCACAGUAUCCCUCGCCUGCAAUGACACACCCACAUUUCUUUGGACCUCCAGUAACAACAAACAUGCAUCCACAUACAGUGAAUACUCUUGAAGAAAAUCAUGCAUAAGUCCAACCAGUAGCACCCUUGCCUGCUGUGUCAGUACCCUCUCCAGCAUCAUACACUUCAAACACUGAUAAUUCAGUAAUUUCACUGAAUGAUUUUGACAUUUAAUAGAAAAAAAUGUAAUACAAAAAUUUCUUACUUUGGAAUACUUUUAUUCAUACAGUAGAUAAAAUACCAUAUAAUUUACUUUCUUCAAAAUAAAAAGGAAUAUUAAAACUAGUAUUUUGUUUAUUUUCUUACUUGAUGCUAAAGCCACUGCUUCUUCAGGUGGAAUGGAUGGCCUCAUGUUUGUGUCCUGUAGUACCAUCUGUGACUCUGGCUAAAAGUUCCUGAAAGGUUGGGUAUAACAUCCUGAAGUAGUUGAAGAAUUUGCCAUCGUUAGCUUUUAAGUCUUCAUACAAGGUGUAAAAUUCGCCCUACAAGAAUCUGCUGCUGUUUAUAGGGUGAGUCCAAAGCUGAUGACAGUUUUUCUUUUCCAUUGUUUGAAUUGCUGCAUAAACAAACACAGCUUUCUUCUGUGCACCCUUCAUCUUGAGGAGAUAGUGGAUGACUGAAAGGAAGGUUUGGGUGGGAAUGCAGGCCAGAAAAAAAAUGUAAUACAAAUACUCGUAUUUCUUACUUUGGAAUACUUUUAUUCAUAUUUCAUAUUUCUAAAGCUGAACUCCUCGCUCAUACCUUUGCUAAAAACUCUACCUUGGACAAUUCAGGGUUUUUUCCUCCCUCUCCUCCACCCUCUGACUACUUCAUGCCACGUAUUGAAAUUCUUCGCAAUGAUGUUUCCAUGCCUUCGCUGGCCUAAACCCUCGGAAGGCUUAUGGACCUGAUGGGGUCCCUCCUAUUGUUCUCCGAAACUGUGCCUCAGUGCUUGCACCUUGCCUAGUCAAACUCUUUCAGCUCUGUCUGUCAACAUUUACUUUUCCUUCUUGCUGGAAGUUUGCCUACAUUCAUCCUGUUCCUAAAAAGGGUGACUGUUCUAAUCCCUCAAACUACCGUCCUAUUGCUUUAAUUUCCUGCCUAUCUUAAGUUUUUGAAUCUAUCCUCAACAGGAAGAUUCUUAAACAUCUAUCAUUUCACAAUCUUCUAUCUGAUCGCCAGUAUGGGUUCCGUCAAGGCCACUCUACUGAUGAUCUUCUGGCUUUCCUUACUGAGUCUUGGUCAUCCUCUUUUAGAGAUUUUGGUGAAACUUUUGCUGUUGCCUUGGACAUAUCAAAAGCUUUUGAUAGAGUCUGGCACAAAGCUUUGAUUUCCAAACUACCCUCCUACAGUUUCUAUCCUUCUCUCUGUAACUUCAUCUCAAGUUUCCUUUCUGACCGUUCUAUUGCUGCUGUGGUAGACGGUCACUGUUCUUCUCCUAAAUCUAAACAGUGGUGUUCCUCAGGGUUCUGUCCUGUCACCCACUCUCUUCUUAUUAUUCAUUAAUGAAUGAAUAAACCAAACUUCUUGUCCUAUCCAUUCCUACGCUGAUGAUACCACCCUGCACUUUUCCACGUCUUUUCAUAGACGUCCAACCUUCAGGAGGUAAACAUAUCACGCAGGGAAGCCACAGAAUGCUUGACUUCUGAUCUUUCUAAAAUUUCUGAUUGGGGCAGAGCAAACUUGGUAUUGUUUAAUGCCUCAAAAACUCAAUUCCUCCAUCUAUCAACUCGACACAACCUUCCAGACAACUAUCCCCUCUUCUUCAAUGACACUCAACUGUCCCCCUCUUCUACACUGAACAUCCUCGGUCUGUCCUUUACUUAUAAUCUGAACUGGAAACUUCACAUUUCAUCUCUAGCUAAAACAGCUUCUGUGAAGUUAGGCGUUUUGAGACGUCUCCGCCAGUUUUUCUCACCCCCCCAGCUGCUAACUCUGUACAAGGGCCUUAUCUGUCCAUGUAUGGAGUAUGCUUCACAUGUCUGGGGGGGUUCCACUCAUACUGCUCUUCUAGACAGGGUGGAAUCAAAAGCUUUUCGUCUCAUCAACUCCUCUCCUCUAACUGACUGUCUUCAGCCUCUCUCUCACUGCUGCGGUGUUGCAUAUCUAGCUGUCUUCUACUGCUAUUUUCAUGCUAACUGCUCUUUUGAUCUUGCUAACUGCAUGCCUCCCCUCCUUCCGCGGCCUCGCUACACAAGACUUCUUUCUCUCACCCCUAUUCUGUCCACCUCUCUAACGCAAGAGUUUACCAGUAUUCUCAAUCAUUCAUCCCUUUCUCUGGUAAACUCUGGAACUCCCUGCCUGCUUCUGUAUUUCCACCUUCCUAUGACUUGAAUUCCUUCAAGAGGGAGGUUUCAAGACACUUAUUCAUCAAUUUUUGACCACUGCUUUGGUCCUUUUAUGGGACUGGCAUUUCAGUGGGCAUAUUUUUUUUAUUGGAUUUUUGUUGCCCUUGGCCAGUGUCCUUCCUACAUAAAAAAAAAAAAAAAAAAGCAGCAAGGGCCUGCUGGUCAGUGAAAUGCGAAUGCAUGGCAAACGCAUGUACAAAAAUCUUAUGCGUUUCUGUGUGUCCGUUCAACACACUCACAGAAAUGCUCAUGUGAAAGCAGCCUAAAUGCUAAGAGUUGGAGGAAAAACUAUAUGUACAGAUUAGCUAUCAAUAUGCUGGCAUUGUCAACCCUGCGUUACUUUGCUGGGGUUUCCAAACAUGAGUACUCUCCUGGGGUAUUUGCACACUCCAAUACAAAAAUGUUUAUAGUGUUACUAUUAUGUAAAAUAUAGUCAUACUGCUGGUUUAGGAUAUAUCUACAAUCCCUGUUGAACAGUUUGAAUCACUUGUAGCUGGUUGAUAUUAGUAUAAAAUAAUACAAUAAAAUAAAUUAUAAAACUAAGGAAAAAUUACUAAAAGUUAAAUUCAGAUCACAUUUAUUUUGAAAAUACCCAUAGGAUACACUUGUUUGUAUGACUUUUUAAUAUAUAUGAUGAAUAUUAACAUUAAAUAAUAUUACAUAAUAGGCAAAUCUUCCUUACAAAAUAAAUCAAAUCAAAGCUUGAACUAAAGAUAUAAUUAUUUAUUGAAAGGAAACUUAUAAAUUUGUUACAUAAACAUAAGCAUAGUUUCUUUAUCAAAAGUAAACACAAAAAUGCUCAUGAGUUGAAAUGAACAAAAAAUGUGAGCUUAUUAUGUGGCAAUAAAUUUGUUACAUAAACAUUUUUUUUUUUUUUUUAUCAAAAAGUAAACAAAAAAUGUUUCCAUGAAUUGAAAUUGAAAAAAAAAAAUGUGAGCUCAUUACAUACCAUUACAUUUACUCUGAUUCAC